AUUUAUAUGGAUUUGGACAUCACAGGUUCUACUACAAAUUAUUACCAUAACUUGUUUUUUUAGGUUAAGUUGUAUUCGAUAGCUUGUUUGAAGUUCUGUAGUCAACUAAAUAGUUUCUUCUGCUCUGCUUUGUUUAUUUUGAAAUGUUUAUUAAAGUUAGCCGCUAAACUAAGUUAUUGUAACAUGUAGAUGUUUUGGCUUUAUCAUUAUGGGUGACCAAUCAGCUUGGCCAGUUAACAUAACCAAACCGUUGGCGCAUUCUCAUAUUAGCGGUCAAAUUUAAGAGCCCUAGAAGCAAUCCAUUUGCGCUAUCCGUUUAGUGGCUAACGUAGCCGCUUAGCUACCAUUGUCAGUACACGAAGUACAUUAGCAUUCUUGUACGUUCCAUUCUAGCUAACGUUACAUGACUCGAAAAUGUUUUUUAGAUAAUGCACGGUGCAUUUAUGAAGCUGAACUGUUAGACCUCAUUGCUGAACCUCUUCAUUAAAGACGCGGUAAAGUGACGGACUGACCAGUAAUAGGCUAGUUAGCUAUCUAGCGACGUUGGGUGAUGCAGAUUAACGGAAUCUACCAAUGCAGAGAUGCACAACAACUGAAGAGGCCUCUCCUUCCGCCCCUACCUGGUCCUGCAGAUGUCUCCUCUGCCACUCAUUCUGCAGCGGUUUGGCACUAAUCUGAACAUCAGGAAGCUCCAGUCAAACUCCUCAUCUGAUGUGCACGAUCCCCAUUUCCAGAACUGUGUCUCCGCUCUGUGGCCUCUUGCCUACCCAGCCAGGGUUGGGUAGACUGUUUGGCAUACAACCUUUUUCGGCCAUACUCACCGUUUAGUUUUCUGUCUUUUUAGUUUUAGUUUUUUUUUUUGUUCAUUGCCUUGAACUGUUGGGCUGCUGAUUAGGACCCACUAUGGAGAAUAUGGAGCAAUGUGUGUCCCAGGUGAUGCAAAAGGACCUAGGUCGGCGAUUACAGGUCGGCCAGGAUAUUAUAGACUACAUCUUGGACAGGCAGAGAUCUCAAGACCUGGAACAGGAUCAGACUUUGCUGGACAGAAUGGUGGAUAGUAUUGCCUCGACCUGGGUCAAUUCCAGUAAUUUCAAGGUGGCACUGCUGGGGAUGGACCUGUUGUCAGCCUUAGUUACCAGAUUGCAGGAUCGCUUCCGAACACAGAUAGGAACGAUCCUGCCCAGUCUGAUAGACCGCUUAGGGGACGCCAAGGACCAGGUGAGGGACCAGGACCAAACUCUGCUGCUCAAGAUCAUGGACCAGGCCACCACCCCGCAGUAUGUAUGGGAUCGCAUGCUGGGCGGAUUCAAGCAUAAAAACAACAGGACCAGAGAAGGAGUUUGCCUCUGCCUUAUCGCCACUCUUAGUGUAUAUGGAGCCCAAGGCCUCACUCUCAGCAAAAUUGUACCUCACAUAUGUAAUCUGUUAGGAGAUCCAACAAGUCAGGUUCGUGACGGGGCCAUGAACUGCUUGGUGGAGAUCUACAGGCACGUGGGGGAAAAGGUGCGCAUGGACCUGGGCAAGAAGGGCCUUCCUCAGUCCCGCUUGAAUGUAAUUUUUAGCAAAUUUGACGAAGUCCAAAGAUCGGGAAACAUGAUUCUCUCCGCCGCUGAUAAGAACAUUGACGAUGACGACUCUGUGGACGGGGGCCGUUCCUCUUCCUCCAAGGGGGCGUCGUCAGCGCGCCGGCCUGCCAACACAGGCUCCAUGCGCCGGCCUAGCUCCGCUAAAUCCACAGGUAAAGAGGGUGGCAGUGCCGGGGGCGUGGACGAGGAGGACUUCAUCCAUUCCUUUGAGGACGCGCCCACAGUACAGAUCUACUCGAGCCGAGAGCUGGAGGACUCCAUGAACAAGAUCAGAGAGGUCCUGUCGGACGAGCGCCAAGACUGGGAACAGAGGGUGAUAGCGCUGAAGAAGGUGCGGUCCCUGUUGAUGGCCGGUGCGCUGGACUAUGAUAGCUUCUCCCAGCAGCUGCGUCAGCUGGAGCCCGCCCUGAAGCUCUCGGCCAAAGACCUGCGCUCACAGGUGGUCCGGGAGGCCUGCAUCACACUGGGGCAUCUGUCCUUGUUGCUGGGUAACCGCUUUGACCACUGUGCUGAGGCGGUCAUGCCCACGCUAGUCAGCCUGGUACCCAACAGCGCCAAGAUCAUGGCCACGUCCGGCAUUGCAGUCAUCCGCAUCAUCCUACGCCACACCCACUACCCACGGCUCCUCCCCGUUAUCACUACCAACUGCGUCGCCAAGUCUGUGGCCGUCAGACGGCGCUGUUUUGAGUUCCUGGAUCUGAUACUCCAGGAAUGGCAGACCAACUCUUUAGAGAGGCAUGUUGCAGUGCUCACGGAGACCAUCAAGAAAGGAGUCCAUGAUGCAGACUCAGAGGCUCGAUCUGUGGCCAGAAAGUGCUACUGGGGUUUCCAUGGCCACUUCAGCCGAGAGGCGGAGCAUCUCUUCCAGGCAUUGGAAGCGUCCUAUCAGAAGGCUCUUCAGUCCCACCUGAAGGGCUCUGACAGCGUCAUGUCCCUCCCCCAGUCGGAUCGCUCCUCCUCCAGCUCCCAGGAAAGCCUCAAUCGUCCGCUCUCGGCCAAGAACAGCAUGGGAGUCGGCGCAGGCAGGACUGCGAAGGCCGCCCCAUCCCGCGCCACCUCAGGCUCCUCCUCCCUGCAGCGUUCCCGUAGUGACAUCGAUGUGAAUGCCGCCGCCAGUGCCAAGUCUCGCAUGCCCUCCGUGCCCAGCGCCGCCCCCUUCAGCUCUGCCAACGCACUGCCCCCCGGCUCCUAUGCCUCCCUAGAUGGCGGUACUCCUGGUAAACUGGAGGGUCGUGUUCGCACCAGGAGGACGAGUUCCGGCAGCAGUGCAGGAGGUGUCACUCCAGUCACAGACAGCAGGGGGCGCACUCGGGCCAAAGUCGUGUCGCAAUCGCAGCGAUCCAGAUCGGCUAACCCCACAGGCAGUGCCGGGAGUCGUUCCAGCUCCCCUGGCAAGUUGCUGGGCCACCACACGUACGGACGCAUCCCCCGGCCCACGGGCACGGCCACGCCCGCCGACGGCAGACGCAGCCGGAUCCCCCGUAGCCAGGGCUGCAGCCGCGAGACCAGCCCCACACGCACCGGCUCCGCGCGCCUGAGUCGUAUCCCGCGUCCGAGUGUGAGUCAGGGCUGCAGCCGUGACACGAGUCGCGAGAGCAGCCGUGACACCAGCCCUGCUCGGGGCUUCACCCCACUGGCAUCGCGACGCCACUCCCGCUCCACGAGCGCGCUCACAACGGCCGACCCGCUCGGCUACUCAGACCGCUAUGGCCUGGCGCACCAAGCGCGGAUCUCUGCCUCUGUUAACGCCAUGCGGAUCCUCAACACGGGCACAGAGGUGGAGGCAGCUGUGGCCGACGCGCUGCUUUUAGGCGACUCCAGGAAUAAGGUAUCUGACACAUUUGAGCGGAGGCCGAUUCGGCGUCGUUACGAGUCACCGGGGAUGUACUCUGAUGAUGACGCCAACAGCGACGCGUCGAGCGCCUGCUCAGAGCGUUCGUACGGCUCGCGUAACGGCGGCAUGCCACACUAUAUGCGCCAGACAGAGGACGUGGCCGAGGUGCUGAACCACUGCGCCAGCUCCAACUGGGCCGAGCGGAAGGAGGGGCUGCUGGGCCUGCAGAACCUGCUCAAGAACCAGAGGAUCCUCAGCCGUGUCGAGUUGAAGCGACUGUGUGAGAUUUUCACCAGGAUGUUUGCAGACCCACACAGCAAGAGAGUGUUCAGUAUGUUCCUGGAGACGCUGGUGGACUUCAUCCUGCUGCACCGUGAGGACCUGCAGGACUGGCUCUUUGUGCUCCUCACCCAGCUGCUGAAGAAGAUGGGCGCCGACCUGCUGGGCUCCGUGCAGGCCAAGGUCCAGAAGGCCCUCGACAUCACCAGGGAUUCCUUUCCGUACGAUCAGCAGUUCAACAUCCUGAUGCGGUUUAUCGUCGACCAGACGCAAACACCCAACCUCAAGGUGAAGGUGGCCAUCCUGAAGUACAUCGAGACGCUCGCUCACCAGAUGGACCCCACGGACUUCGUGAACUCCAGCGAGACGCGACUGGCCGUCUCGCGCAUCAUCACGUGGACCACGGAGCCCAAGAGUUCUGACGUCCGCAAGAGCCUGCACAGCUGGGCAGGGGAGGACUGGGCUGGCAGGCCUGGGUCCCUGCUCUCCCUGCCCACGGAAGGUAACAUGGAGGACAGGUGCAAGCAGGCUGCCCAGAUGGUCCUGAUCUCGCUGUUUGAGCUGAACACCCCGGAGUUCACCAUGCUGCUUGGAGCUCUGCCCAAGACCUUCCAGGACGGAGCCACCAAGCUCCUGCACAACCACCUCAAGAACUCCAGCAAUGCUGCCGUGGGUUCUCCCAGUAACACCGUUGGACGCACCCCAGCUCCUCGCCACCCCAGCAGUCGCACGAGUCCCCUCACCUCCCCCACCAACUGUUCCCAUGGGGGGCUCUCUCCCAGCAUGAUGGAGUACGACACAGAGAACAUGAACUCUGAUGAGAUCUACAGCUCUCUGCGUGGCGUGACCGAGGCCAUCCAGAACUUCAGCUUCCGCAGUCAGGAGGACGUGAUGGAGCCCGUCAGACGAGACGGCAAACGAGACGACCCGGCCGGAGGUGUGGCGUCGUCGGGGGCAGACCAGCGGCAGGGUACGGACGUGGUGGAGAGCGGCGGUCGGACUGCCCUGGACAACAAGACGUCUCUGCUGAACACGCCCUCGCCCCGCUCCUUCAGCGGGCCGCGCUCGCGCGACUACAACCCCUACAACUACACCGACACCAUCAGCGGCUACGACCGCACUGCCCUUAAAGAGGCCAUGUUUGACGACGACGCCGAUCACUUCAGAGAUGGCCGGCGACAGGAAGGUGGUGAAAAUAAGAUCAUGCAUCCCAAAACCUUACCCACAGGUACGGUGCAGUUGCUGGAGCUGGUGGGGGACCUGCUGAAGGAGCUGUCGGGUGUGGGUGAGCGGGUGGAGGAGCGGCGGGCGGCGCUGCUGGAGCUGCUGAAGGUGACGAGGGAGGACAGCCAGGCCGUGUGGGACGAGCACUUCAAGACCAUGCUGCUGCUGCUGCUGGAGACACUGGGGGACAAAGACCACACCAUCCGGGCCCUGGCGCUCCGGGUUCUGAGAGAGGUCUUGCGGAACCAGCCGGCCCGAUUCAAGAACUAUGCAGAACUCACCAUCAUGAAGACCCUGGAGGCCCAUAAGGACUCCCAUAAAGAGGUGGUGCGUGCGGCGGAGGAGGCUGCCUCCACCCUGGCGACCUCCAUCCUACCGGAGCAGUGCAUCAAGGUCCUGUGCCCCAUUGUGCAGACGGCCGACUACCCCAUCAACCUGGCCGCCAUCAAGAUGCAGAGCAAAGUCAUCGAGCGCAUCUCCCAGGAGUCCCUAGUUCAGCUGCUCCCCGACAUCAUCCCAGGCCUGCUACAGAGCUACGAUAACACUGAGAGUAGUGUACGCAAAGCAAGUGUGUUCUGCCUGGUGGCUAUCUACUCUGUGAUUGGAGAAGACCUCAAGCCACAUCUGGCCCAGCUAACUGGCAGCAAGAUGAAGCUGCUGAACCUUUACAUCAAGAGGGCCCAGACCACCAACAGCAACAGCUCCAGCUCCUCAGACGUGUCCUCCCACAGCUAAACACCAAGCCUCCAGUCGUCACGUCACGUCACCGCUCCACCGCUCCAGGCCCUAACGUCACACACCCCCCUUCACCUUCAACCUUCAUCUUCAUCCAGAAGUCCUCAUCGCAAGCAAGACACUUUAUCCCGCUGCAAAUCAGUGUUCUUUUUCCUUUGUCUAGCCCAUCGUUGACCAAUGUUUUUAUUUUUGUUUAUUUUUGUUAUGUUUUUCUCCUUCGGUAAUUCUGUUAACUCAGUUGCUCUGUUUAUGAAUGCGUGGUUGUGUACACCUCUGUGUACACGGUUAUUCAGAAUAAUGUCUGUUUUUUUUUUGUUUUGUUUUAUUUUGUUGUUGUUGUUGUUGUUGAAUGUAAGAGACUCUUUUGGGUCUCUAUGACAACGCUGCCUCAUGGCUCUCCAGAACAUUCUGAUGUGAGAUCAGUCAUAUUUGGAACAAAGACACAUUUAUGGGCAUUUCAAAAUUGUACUGUAAGUGUUAAAACUCUUCUGGAAAAAAAGAAGGUCUGCAAUGGAGUAUCUACCUGAUCUAUUAGUGUUCACAUUGCCCACGGAAGAUGAAGAAACUGUGACGUUUUAGGGAAUUGUUCCAUUUCUGUAACCAUAUUUGGCACGCUUGUUGUUUGGGAAUGGGUUUUUUGUUUGGUCUUCAGUUACAAUCUUUCACUUCGGGUUUGUUUCUGUGUGCUAAGACUGUCGGAUCAACAUUUGGCUGGCCCAGUGAUUCACAUUAGGCAAUUCUGAUUUGUUCCUACUCAGAGGUCGAAGGUCAAAAUGAGGAAGAUGAGAGACUUUUUCGUUAUUUUCAAUCCGUGUUUUCCGUUAUUUUAAGGACCACUUAAUUGUGAAGUGAUUUCAUUCCUUUGUCCUUUUGUUUUGAGGACCAGAUUAUGUAAGAAAGUGGAAUAUAUGAACAUGACUGCGUAUCAGGAGUGUUAAUUUAAAAGAAGUGAUAGAAAUCCGAGUAGAAUUGGCUGUUCCCUGAGAAACAAGUUGAUGCUGGAAUUUGUAAACCUUAGCAGUGUUUGGUUUUGUUCUUGAAGUCCCCAAAUAGAACAUGACUUGGCAUAAAUGAAAUUAACCUAAUUGAUAGAGGGAGG